AUGGAUUUUCAAAGGGCAAUAAUAAAAUGGGUAGAAAAAAAAAAAAACUUUAAAAUAGGAAAAAAACUAAGUCAUAGAAAAUUAUAUCUUUUUAAAAAGAAUGCAAAAACAGAUAUAUUAGCAAGCCUUUCAAACAUUAAUGUUAUCAAAGAUAAUACUAUACAUUUUGAUACAUUUCAAAAGGGACAAACUAGUGUAAUAAAGCAUGAAAACAAAUACAAUGACAUAAAUUAUGGUAGUAAAAAAUGUGAGUUCCUGAAUGAACAAAUUAAUAAAGAUCCGCAUACAACCAGCUAUAACAAUCACAAUUAUAUGCUUAAAAUUAUAAUUUUAAAUUUGAAAAAUAUUACAUUUUUAUUGGGAAAAAAUGAUCCAGAAAUAAAUCGUAUAUUAUGCCACACAUUUACAGAGGGGUUAACCCCUUUCCAUUAUAAAUUAAUUUUCCAAAAAAAUGAAUCACAAAAUAAUUACAUGCUCAAGUGUAUAACAGUGGAAGAUAUAAUUCAUCUAUUUAACUAUUAUGUAUAUGCAAAAAUAUAUUACUAUGAUUUUUUAAAUACACUUUUGAGAUAUAUAUAUUAUAAUUUUGAAGACAUAAAAAACGAAAAUAAUAUAUAUAUGCCCUACAAAUUAUCCAUUAGUUUUUUAAAAUCAUGUGUAAAUUUAAAAAUACAAAUAAAUAAAAUAUUAAAAAAAAAUGAAGCACAAAAGUCAUUUAUUAGUUGUUAUGGAAGUCUUUUUCUUAAUUCUUCUUCAUACUAUUAUUUACGAAAUUGUAUUACAACAAAGGAUGGAUCAUCAUCUCUUCAUUCAUUAUCUCAUCAGUAUGUUAGAAUUGCAAAAAUAGCUAACUAUCAUAAUAAAAAUAGCAAAAAUAGUAGAGAUAAAACUUGUGUGGAAUGCCCUUUAUAUAAAACAGUGUCAUAUGAGUUUGUAGAGCAUUUCAUAAAAAAUAAUAUAAAAAAAAAAAAAUAUGUCCACUUUUUUUUGACUAAAAAAAUGUACUAUAAAAAUUUAAAUUACGAAAAAUAUACGAUGAGAAAAUAUAAAAAUUCAAUGAACAAUUGUGUAGAUCUAAUAAAUAAAUGUAUUUCCAUUUCCUUAAAUAUAAAUAUCGAAAAAAAUCAAGUUGUAGAUUAUGUUAAAAUUUUGAAAAAAAAAUAUAUGACAUAUGAAACAUGGAAUAUGCUAACCAUCAAUAAAUUUAAUCAACAAAUUUUGGAUUUCUUAAAAAAGGAUAUAUCUUUUUUUAGUAUUGAUGAUUUAAUAAUUAUUAUGAAAUAUUUUAUAAAAAUCGAAAAAAAUAUGAACAAAAAAAAAAAAUUAAAACAGCUAGCCAACUAUUUAUCAAAUAGCUACCUCAUAAAUAAUAUGCACACAAAAGAGGAAGAAUCAAAUGGAAAAUUAAAAAAAAAUAGUCACAUAAAUAAUUACAAUAUAAAACAAAUAAAAGAUCUUAUAUCAAUAUUAGCGAAAUGUAAAUAUCGUUAUAAUGAAAAUUUAUUAACAAAUAUAAGUACAUAUAUUUUAGAAAAUAUGCACACAAUAAGUUCAAAGGAUUUAAUCCAAUUUAUUAUUAACAUGUACAUAAUAUUAAAGAACAAAGACAGCCAAUUUUUAUAUCAAAUUAUAAACAUGUACAAGCCACCUACCAAACCAAAAAGAACAAAUAAUGAAAUAAACGAUGCUUUCUUUAAAAUAAAACAUACAAACAAACAAAUAUCAUAUAAAGUCCUAAAUAAAUCGAAAAAUAGAAACAAUUGUGAAAUAAAAAAUACAUACAACCAAACUAUCGAAUUGGAUAACCACACUUGUUUAGAAUAUCAACAAAAUGAUGAUAAAUAUUUUAGGAUGUUUGAAAAAAAGGUGAAAAUAAAAAAAUUAUUGUUAUUUAUAAAAGUAUUAGCAGACAAUAAUAUAUAUAUAAACGAAUCUUGGUCAGAAUAUUUUAUUUAUUUAAUAAAAAGAAAAUUUAAUAUAAUAGUAAAUAAAAACUUAUUAGGUCUUUUAUUUCAUGUAUUAUCACAUAUGCAAUCUAGACAUAUUUUUUCCGAUUUUUUUUUUUUAAAUCAUAUUAAUAAUAAAUAUAAUAUAUAUAAAAAUAUAAAUUUAAAAAAACUUCCUUUAUUUUAUGAUUUCCCGUCUCUUUUACAAAUAACUUUAUUCCUUAGUUUUCAUAUGUACAAUAAAUAUACAUUCAAUGUGACUAGAUCUUUGAUGCUUACCAUUUUAGACAUAUACAUUAAAAGCUUUAAAAGAAAAUUUGAUUCAUACGAAGAGGCUAACAAAAAUAACGUCAACAUAGUUGUAAAUGAUGAUAUAACCCAAUAUGGUGAAAUAAAAAAUUUAGAAACAAAUAAUCUAGAACAGCUAUCCAUUUCAUGUGAUCAUAAUUUUGACAAAAUAGAAGAAAAAAACUUUUAUGUGCAUGACCUAAAAAUAUAUGAAAAAAAUAAAAAUAAUAAAUAUAUGAAAAAAAAAGAUAGAAAAAAAAAACAAGCAUUUAUAAAUAAAAUUAAUAAGAUUGAUGUAAAUCAAAUAUUUACUUUUGAAGAAUUAAAAAAUUAUUUAUUUUUGCAAAAUCAUGCAACAUCACAAGAGGUAACACCCACCGAAAUAAUUUCAAACCCAAGCCAUCCCACUUUUACUAUAGAGAAUGAAAAUGCUGAAAAAGGAAAAGAAAUUUCUUUAAUACAUCGCCCCAAACUAGUGCAAGAUAUAUUUAAUGAUAAGAUCGAUAGUGAGCUGAAUCCAAGUUGCAAAAAAAUUACUAACGAAAUAAAUAACCAGACAACAGUUUAUUCACAUCCAUAUAAAAUCCACAAUAUUAAUAAUUAUGAAGAUGACAAAAAACAUGAACAAACUUAUAGGAUAUAUAAAAAUAACAAUUAUUUUGAUAAAUUAGCAUUCUCAAGAAAUAUAAUUAUAAUAAUAUAUAACUUUAUUUUUUAUUUUACAAACAAUAGUUAUAUUCCUACUUAUCCAUCACUUUUAUAUCAUGAGCAAAUGCUAAAAAGAAUUUCAUAUAAAGAGUUGAAAAUAUUAUAUGAAGCCUAUACAAUAGCUUCUUAUUAUAUUAAUUUGUCUAUAAAUAUUGAAGACGUUAUGAAUAAUAAUAAAAAUAUAUCUUCUUCGAAAAUGCAUAAAAAUAUAUUAUCAAACUUACGUGAAAUGAAUCUCAAAAAAGAAAUAAUAAGCGAGUUUAUUCUUCACCCUUUUAAAAUUGAUAUUUGCAUAAAAAAUUGA